GUGGCGAAGGGAAAGGGAUUUCCUCGGGCGCGCUCUUGCAGCGAUACUCGUCGUCAUGCGCGCCAAUCCUUAAAGACGGCGGCGGAAGGGCGGGCGCGAGGCAAGGAACGCGCAUGCGCGGCAGUAGCCCGGCCUUUGCGACGGUGGCUGAGAAGGGCUACAUUUCUCUUCCCCCCGCCCCUCAGGAACGCGUUUGUUGGAACUGACAGCCCGGCCUGCGCUGGAGGGCGGUGGCGGGUGCCGGAGGUCUCCGCCUUCGAAGCUGAAGCAGUUUGACAAGCAGAAGUUCAACUGGUGAAGGUUUCUAAGUGCCCCUCUUGCCAGGAAACUCUUACCGGCAUGAGAGAGUACAAAACGAACAUAAAGGUGGCAAAUUCAGAGCAAAGGAAGGAAACGGGAAGAGGAGGAGAGACUAAUCCUUGGAAGUGAGAUGUAUCCGAAUGGUGCUUUUCUUGUGAAAUUGGAUCAGAAGUUGGGCAGAAGGUAACCCCAGAAAGCUGGACAGUUGGGAGGCCUAGCAUAUUUACCAUCCUCUACUUGGAAUACACGUUAUGAACCCUUUCUGGAGCAUGUCGACAAGUUCUACACGCAAGAGACCUGAAACAGAAGAAAAGGCUUUGGCUGGUGAGCUGAAGAACAGUCCUCCACGCACCACUCAAAAAAAGCAGCUGCCUUCUAUUCCUAAAAAUGCUGUGCCAAUGACGAAGCCUGCUUCUCCUGCCCUUUCAGCCCAGUCUACAAACGGAACACACGCCUCCUAUGGGCCUUUCUACUUAGAGUACUCCCUCCUGGCAGAAUUUACCUUAGUUGUGAAGCAGAAGCUGCCAGGUGUCUAUGUGCAACCUUCUUACCAGUCAGCAUUAAUGUGGUUUGGAGUAAUAUUCAUCAGGCAUGGGUUGUACCAGGAUGGCGUGUUUAAAUUUACAGUCUACAUCCCUGACAACUACCCAGAUGGUGACUGCCCACGCUUGGUUUUCGAUCUGCCCAUCUUCCACCCUCUAGUAGAUCCCGUCUCAGGUGAACUCGAUGUGAAAAGAGCAUUUGCCAAGUGGAGGCGAAACCAUAAUCACAUAUGGCAAAUACUGAUGUACGCUCGCAGGGUCUUCUACAAGAUUGACACGGCCAGUCCUUUGAAUCCUGAAGCUGCUGUACUAUAUGAAAAGGAUAUUCAACUUUUCAAGAGUAAGGUAGUUGACAGUGUGAAAUUAUGCAGCAGCCGCUUAUUUGAUCCACCAAACAUAGAGGAUCCCUAUGCAAUUAGUUUUUCACCUUGGAAUCCAGCUAUACAUGAUGACGCUAGAGAGAAAAUGUUGACCCAGAAGAAGGCAGAGGAUCAACAGUGCAAAAGCAUGCAGGUGUCUGGCCUGUCAUGGGUGAAGCCUGGCUCGGUUCAGCCUUUCAGCAAAGAGGAAAAGACUCUACCCACUUAGUUCCUGUGAAAGACGAAGCACUCAACACUUUCUGCAGGAAGAGGGAAUGUAAAGGGAGAGCCAAACAGCAAAGCAGUGGUUUUCCUACUUGACUUGGAUUAGUAAAGAGUUAAACACUAGCAAUGACUCAAGUAAACCUGCUCAAUGGGAUUGCUCGGACUCUUGGUGUUUUACAUAUGUGUUGUUUUAACUGCAGGAUGGAAGCUGCUCUUAAUGAGGCUGGACUCCAGUUAGCAAAGUCCACCCAGAUGGGUAAUAAAAUACCUCAGGAUCCUAAAAUAAUCCGAGGUUCUUUAUUGGUUACUUUUAAAAGUUUUUUUUUUUUUUAAAUCCUUCUAGGGCUAGGUUUUUUUAACAUAAAGAGCAGGUGUGAAAAACUCUUUCCAGAGGUAAUCUGUGCUUAUGUAAACUAAUAUAGCAGAGUAAAAUACUAUAUUUAAAACUUUUAAAUGCAUCAGUUUCUAUUGUAAAUAUAUUAGGAUAUGGAAUUUGUAAAUAGUUGGAUUCCUGCUGGCCCUUUUAGGGGCAGCAAGGCUGAGAUUGGCAUGUAUGAUGUGUAUCUAAUUUUCUUUCCUUCAAUAGAUUUUUGUCACAACAGGCUGCUUCUAAUAUAACUUGCUUCACAAUCUUUGGAUCUACGAAAUAAUUGCCUGUAAGCAUCAUAUAGCAGAAGAGUUAAACUGGCGCACAACUGGCAAAUCUCAAAGGACUGGCAAGAAUAUAUGUGUAUAACCCCUUUCUUCAUGAUGAUUGCAUGCAUCUUAAACCAGUGGCCUUAAGAUGUGUCAAAGUAAUGUUAGAGGCAGCCUUCAACUGCACAUUCGUCAGGAACGUAGGACAUUGGGGCUUUUUACCACUAGAAGAAAAAUCAAAGCUCGUAAUAGUGCACAGUUCUUGGUUUAAUAAAAUCUUUAAGGAGAGCUGGGUUGCCUCCAUGAUUGCACUAGAGACUGACAUGACUAAUGUGUUAAUAGUGGCAUCUUAAAAUAAAAGACCAAUCAUAGUAAAA